AUGGAGUUGGUUUUCAGGCUAUCUCUGGUUUUUCUGCUUCUGCUGCCUUGCACUGGAGUAGACUGGGAUCUUUCUCAGCAUUUUAUUUUUAUUGCUGGUCCUCUUACUAAUGAUUUAGUAAACAAUUUAAACGGCCAAAGUGGACAUGGAAGAGAACCUGCUUUUCCUUUUGAAAGGGCCCAGCCAGAUUUCCUUUGCCACCAGCCUUCUAUCUCUUCUUUGGAGCCAUACUUUGAUGAACUUCGUGCAAGUGGUGUGACUCACUUUAAGGUUUUCUUGCCUUGGACUCGUCUACUUCCCGAGGGGAAUGCCCAAAAUCCCAACAAGGCUAAUGUUGAAUGCUACAGACAACUUCUCAGGACCCUCCGUGCUGCUCAGCUUAAGCCAGUUUUAGUCUUAAAUCAGUGGGUCUUGCCCAAGUCUUUGGGCCCCCAGUUAUCGCUGACCGAGUCUACAACUUUCGUUGACCUUUUUGUGGAAUACGCCAAGUUUUCUUUUGAGUCGUUUGGUGACUUGGUGGAUACCUGGCUCACUUUCAGCAACCUGCCUGAAGUUGCAGAAGGACUGAGUCAUGGGGAUCCACUAGACAAUCCUCUCCAGGUGUUCGCAACAGCGCAUGAAAAGGCAUAUAAAAUGUACCAUGAAAAUUAUUCUUCAGAAGAUGGAAGAGUGUCCAUUUCAUUAGACAUUCAUGAUGCUGUGUUGGUGCCACCAGGAUCUUUCUUAGCUUCCAUUUUGGACUUUCUAGAUUUCUUAUCUCUCAGUCUACAGUACAACUGCAAAAGGAAAGCAAGUAUUGAAAAGAUGCUGGAUGAAUUGCAGGUAAUUCUGAGCAAUUACACGAUUUAUGAAAAUGAAGCAUGGGUCAUAGGAUAUGAUGUGAAUUCUUUCUUGGACAACUCACCCAUUCAAGCAGCAUGCUCCUACGCAGAAAAUCUAGCCAUCCAGUCAAAGCCAGAGGAGGCAUUGAUAUCAGCCAUCACCCCACUUUCAUCCUACCAAAUGGUUUGGGAAAAAAUUAGUAAUCAGUCUGUGGAAGAGAGAGACCUUUUUUUGCAUGAUACUUUCCCGAGCAAUUUUCUUUGGGGCACUUCAACAGGAGCCUUUAAUGUUGAAGGUGGCUGGGCAGAAGCUGGCAAAGGAGAAAGUAUUUGGGACCGAUAUGGCCAUCAAGGUCACACCUAUGUGAAUCAAACAGCCGAUGUGGCGUGCGAUAGCUAUCACAAAAUAGAGUACGAUCUUUAUGCGCUCAGAGGCCUUCAGUCAAAAAUCUAUAAAUUUUCUAUAUCAUGGCCUAGGAUUUUUGCCAGUGGGAAUAAGGACAGCUUGAAUUCUCAAGGAGUGGAUUACUACAAUAAACUCAUAGAUGGCUUGCUGGAUUCUAACAUUGAACCUAUGGUGACCUUGUUCCACUGGGACCUUCCUCAAGCCCUGCAGGACUUAGGCGGCUGGCAAAACGAGAGCAUCAUAAGUGCCUUUGUAGACUAUGCGUCUUUCUGCUUUGCUACUUUUGGGGAUCGAGUUAAAUUCUGGAUUACCUUCCACGAACCCUGGGUCAUCAGCUACGCUGGCUAUGGGACUGGACAGCAUCCUCCAGGAAUUGUUGACCCAGGAGUAGCAUCAUAUGAGGUGGCUCAUGUUAUUCUCAAAGCUCACGCUCAAGCCUGGCAUAUUUAUGAUGCCCAGUAUCGCCCCAAACAAAAUGGGAAGGUGGGAAUUGUUCUGAAUUCCGAUUGGGCUGAACCAAACACGCCAGGAAGACCCGAGGAUAUAAGUGCAGCUGAACGUUACUUGCAUUUCAUGCUGGGCUGGUUUGCUCACCCAAUAUUUGUUAACGGUGAUUACCCGGAGGUCCUGAAAUCCCAGAUUGAGCAGAUUAACCAGCAAUGUUCUUCCCCAGUUGCUAAACUCCCUGCUUUCCUGGACGAUGAGAAGAAACUGGUGAAUGGGACGGCUGACUUCUUCGGCCUUUCCCAUUACACUUCCAGGCUCAUCAGCGCCUCAGCAAAUCCUGCCUGCACUCCGAGUUAUCAGAACAUUGGGGGCUUUACCCCACACGUAAAUCUGUCCUGGCCGCAGACAGCUGCACCUUGGAUCUAUUCGGUGCCCUGGGGACUGAGGAGAUUGCUCCUCUUUGUAUCCAGAGAAUACACUGGGGCAAGGAUCCCAAUUUAUAUAGCAGCAAAUGGUGCACCAACAGAUGAUGGAAGUGAUUUGGUUAAUGAUACACUGAGAAUAGAUUACUACCGUCUCUACAUCAAUGAGGCUUUAAAAGCUGUGAAGCUGGAUGCCGUCGAUGUGCAGGCAUACAUUGCCCGGUCUUUGCUGGAUGGCUUUGAAGGCCCAGCGGGAUACAGUCAAAGGUUUGGCCUUCACUACGUGAAUUUCAAAGAUGCAGACAGACCUCGGACCCCCAAAGAAUCUGCAUAUUUCUUCUCCUCUGUUAUUGAAAACAAUGGGUUUCCCAGAGUGGUUACAAGGAAAUCACCUCAGACACUCAAAGAGGAUAUUUCCAUGCCUCCACGUUUGCCUAGUUUACCAGCUUCUGAAGUUCCCUCAGAAGCAAAAGUAGUUUGGGAAAGAUUUUCUGGCCAGACUAAUUUUGAACAGGAUAUGUUCUUCUACGGCACUUUCCCAGAAGAUUUUCGCUGGGGAGUGUCCACUUCUGCCUACCAAAUUGAAGGAAGCUGGGAUGCGGAUGGAAAAGGACCUAGCAUAUGGGAUAACUUUACCCAUGUCCCUGGGAAUAUUCAGAAUAAUGCUACAGGAGACAUAGCUUGUGACAGCUACAAUAAAAUGGAUGCUGAUCUUUAUUCACUGAGAGGCUUAAGAGUGAACAGCUAUCGCUUCUCACUCUCAUGGCCUCGAAUUUUCCCAGAUGGAACAAACAAUUCCAUAAAUAGCUAUGGUGUUGGUUAUUACAAUCGUCUGAUAGAUGGUUUGCUAGCCCAAAACAUCAGACCGAUGGUCACUCUCCACCACUGGGAUCUGCCCCAGGCUUUACAAGACAUUGGUGGUUGGCAGAAUCCUGACCUGGCUGAGAUCUUUGCAAGUUUUGCAGACUUCUGUUUUCAGACUUUUGGAGACAGGGUCAAGUUCUGGAUGACUUUCAAUGAGCCUCUGCUGAUUUCAUGGCGAGGUUACGAUUCAGGUGUUUUCCCACCAAAUGUCAAAGAUAAUCCAGGGUACUCAGCCUACCAAGUUACUCACACGAUACUGAAGGCUCAUGCCAGAGCAUACCAUAUAUAUGACCAGAAAUACAGAGCCACUCAGAAAGGUGUGGUCUCUUUGAGCAUGAGCAUAGAUUGGGUUGAACCAGAGAUGCCAAAUGAUCCCCGGAAUGUGGAGGCAGCUGACCAGCAUUUGCAAUUUGAAGUGGGAUGGUUUGCGCACCCAAUUUUUAAAAAUGGCGAUUACCCAGAUGCCAUGAAGUGGAAAGUCGGAAACAGAAGUGAGCUGCAGAACCUGCCAUCCUCUCGGCUUCCGGUUUUCACAGAAGAAGAGAAAGAAUAUAUUAAGGGCACGGCUGAUGUCUUCUGCCUGAACUAUUAUGUUACCAAUAUUAUAAAACACAAGACAACUAGGCUGACUCCGUUCUCCUAUGAAGAUGACCGAGAACAAGUGUUGCACAAUGACCCUUCUUGGCCGACUACAGCAAACAACAAUCGAGCAGUGGCCUGGGGGCUGCGGAGGGUACUCAACUGGAUCAAAGUGGAAUACGGCAAUCCUCCCAUUUACAUCACCGAAAAUGGAGUUAGCACAAAUGCUAAUGUGGAUGAUAUCACCAGAAUCUUUUUCCACAAAACCCAUAUUGAUGAGGCUUUGAAAGCUUACACUCUGGAUGGGGUGAACCUUCGAGGCUAUGUGGCCUGGUCUUUAAUGGAUAAUUUUGAAUGGUUAGAAGGUUAUGAGGCAAAAUUUGGUCUGCACCAGGUUGAUUUUGAACAUCCAAACAGGCCAAGAACUCCAAGAAGUUCUGCUAUAUAUUUUGCUGAAAUCAUACGUCAGAAUGGAAUCCCACUGCCAAAAGACGAGGAGUUCAUUUACGGGGAAUUUCCAAAUAAUUUCAUUUGGAGUGUGGCAUCAGCAGCAUACCAGAUUGAAGGGGCCUGGAGAGCUGAAGGGAAAGGACUCAGCAUAUGGGACCAAUUUACUCACACACCUUUGAGAAUCAGUAAUGAUGAAAAUGGCGAUGUUGCUUGUGACAGCUACCACAAGAUGGAUGCAGAUCUGGCUAUUCUGAAAAGCCUCCAAGUGACUCAUUAUCGUUUUUCCAUCUCCUGGCCUCGUGUGCUGCCAGAUGGAACCACCCGCUAUAUAAAUGAAGCUGGUCUGAAAUACUAUGAAAGGCUUGUUGAUGCUCUCCUUGCAGCCAAUAUACAGCCUCAGGUCACUCUGUACCACUGGGACCUCCCUCAGGCUCUUCAAAAUGUUGGAGGUUGGGAAAAUGAGACUAUAGUCCAGCGAUUUAAAGAAUAUGCAGAGGUUCUCUUUCAAAGGCUUGGAGAGAAAGUGAAAUUUUGGAUAACUUUGAAUGAGCCUUUUAACACUGCUAAUAAUGGUUAUGGUUACGGAGUAGCUGCUCCAGGCAUUUAUACAAGGCCAGGCCAUGCACCUUACAUUGUGGCACACAAUUUGAUCAAGGCCCAUGCUGAAGUCUGGCAUCUCUACAAUGAUACUUACCGUCCCACACAAGGAGGGCUGAUCUCUCUGAGCAUCAACACCGACUGGGCUGAACCAAGGAACCCUCACAAGCAGGAGGACAUUGAUGCUGCCAGGAGAUAUCUCCAGUUCUUUGCUGGCUGGUUUGCUCAUCCCAUCUUCAAAAACGGUGACUAUAGUGAGGUGAUGAAAAAGAGGAUCCAGGAGAGAAGCCAGGGACAAUCACGGCUUCCUGAAUUUACUGAAAGUGAAAAGCAGAGAAUUAAAGGCACCUAUGACUAUUUUGGUCUGAACCAUUAUACCACAGUACUAACGUACAACUUAAACUAUCCUGCUUUUAUUACCUCCUACGAUGCUGAUAGAGGUGUUGCCUCCAUAACGGACCGCAGCUGGCUGGGGUCUGGCUCUUCGUGGCUGAAGGUGACCCCAUUUGGCUUCAGAAGGCUCUUGAAGUGGAUCAAGGAAGAAUACAACAACCCCCCUAUUUAUGUGACAGAGAAUGGGAUUUCGGAACGGGUAGAUGGGGGCUUCAAUGACACUUGGCGAAUACAUUACUUAAAGAACUACAUCAAUGAAGCUUUGAAAGCGGUUAUACUUGAUGGUGUCGAUUUACGAGGAUACACUGUUUGGUGCCUGAUGGACAAUUUUGAAUGGGCAGUUGGCUUCAGUGAGAGGUUUGGAUUACAUUAUACCAACUACACAGAUCCAACUUUACCCAGAAUUCCAAAGGAAUCUUCAAAAUACUAUUCCUCUAUCAUCCGUUGUAAUGGCUUUCCAGAUCCAGCCUCUGGGCCUCAUUUGUGUCUAGAGCCACAAGUAGAAAGUACAAGUCUGCCACCUAGCAACACAACUUUGCCUGCCAUAAAGCCAGUACAAUUUUUGGAUUUGGACCUGACGUCUUCUCAAGCCACAACAGCCCUUUAUACAUUAUUUGCACUGCUCCUGGUCGCUGUACUAGGCCUUGGUCUUUUUUCAUUUGUGUACACAAAGAUGAUUAAAAAAAGCAGAAGAGAACGUCAGAUGUAA